CAAACUCAUUGCCUCACUCCUAGUUCGAUCUUCCACCUAGCAUAAUGUCUCCCGCCGCUAUUGUCAAUGCUGCCCCUUCCCCUUCGAACGGGACAAAGAUAGUCCCUGUGUCGUCGGUCAAGCCGAUCAUCACUCCUUCGUCUAUCCUGCCCCCUGCUCCCAGCAACUCUGUCCCUGCCUGGGUUCAGCCUGAUCUUACGCGUCUUCUCCGCGUUGAGCAUCUUCCCGGAUCGUUCGCCGCCCGUUCUGUGUCUCUCGUCGAUCUCCCUGCGGGCGCCAUAUUCGCGCGCAUCUCCGGGCCUACGCCUGCGUCGUGCGCGUACACGUCAGUUCAAGCCUCGCGUGACCUUCACAUCGAGCUCAACAGUGACCUGGUCUUCAUAAAUCACUCAUGCCGGCCGACACUUCUCUUCGACAUGACGCGCUGGGAGGUCAGGGUCAACCCAGAGCUCAAGGGCGGACUCAAAGCUGGAGACGAGCUCACAUUUUUCUACCCUAGCACGGAGUGGGACAUGGUACAACCAUUUGAUUGCAGAUGUCGAGAGGCUAGCUGCAGGGGCACCAUCUCCGGCGCCAAAGAUAUGGAGCUGGAGGUAUUGAGUAACUACUGGUUGAACCCCCACAUUGAGGGGCUACUUCAGGAGAAGCAUGCGGCUAACGGCAAGGGCAAUGGUGUUCACAAUGGCGUCAAGAAUAGCUCUAGCACCGCUUCGUAAGCUGAGCUGGUUGGAUGAAUGCCCACAAGCGACAUUGCGGUGGAUGGCACAGCGGCUACAAUCCAAACUCUCCCCAAAAGCAUUGAAUGUUCG